UGGAACAUUUCAAGAGACACAAAAUACAGCUGGCUGGUGCAAGGAUCUGAACCUGUGACCUUGGUGUUAUAACAGUGCACUGUAACCAAUGGAGCUUUUCCUCUGGAGGUGGAAAAAAGCACCAAUUGCCCUUUGAUGAGAGUGGCCCCUCCUCACCCGGCAAGCUAGGAAAUGUGGAUUCUUGGGGAACCCUCCACCCACCAGCUCCGGACUGUGCUACUGGCACCCACCGUGGGGCUCUGAGUGGCAUCUGGUGACACUCCCACCGUGGUCUCCUGCCCAUGAGUGGUUGCUGCCAAGACCCCUCCGCUGCAGCCCCUGCCUGAUGAGGAUGUGCACCCCCACUGGGGGGCUGCUCACGGCCCUUGUGGUGGUGUUUGGGACAGCAGUGGCAUUUGCACCCAUACCCCGGAUCACCUGGGAGCACAAAGAAGUGCGUCUAGUGCAGUUUCAUGAGCCAGGCAUCUACAACUACUCAGCCUUGCUGCUGAGUGAGGACGAGGACACCCUGUACAUUGGUGCCCGGGAAGCGGUCUUUGCUGUGAAUGCUCUCGACAUCGCCGAGAAGCAGCAUGAGGUCUAUUGGAAGGUCUCAGAAGACAAAAAAGCAAAAUGUGCAGAAAAGGGGAAAUCAAAACAGACAGAAUGCCUCAACUACAUCCGAGUGCUUCAGCCGCUCAGUGCCACUGCCCUUUACGUGUGUGGGACCAACGCAUUCCAGCCAGCCUGUGACCACCUGAACUUAACCACCUUUAAAUUUCUGGGGAAAAAUGAAGAUGGCAAAGGAAGGUGUCCCUUUGACCCAGCACACAGCUACACGUCCGUCAUGGUUGACGGAGAGCUUUAUUCUGGCACGUCGUAUAACUUUUUGGGAAGCGAACCUAUCAUCUCCCGCAAUUCCUCGCACAGUCCUCUGAGAACGGAGUACGCGAUCCCUUGGCUGAACGAGCCUAGCUUCGUCUUUGCUGAUGUGAUCCGAAAAAGCCCAGAUGGCAGCAGUGGCGAGGACGACAGAGUCUACUUCUUCUUCACGGAGGUGUCCGUGGAGUACGAGUUCGUGUUCAAGCUGAUGAUCCCACGGGUGGCGAGGGUGUGCAAGGGGGACCAGGGCGGCCUGAGGACCUUACAGAAGAAGUGGACCUCCUUCCUGAAGGCCAGACUGAUCUGCUCCCGGCCAGACAGCAGCCUGGUCUUCAAUGUGCUGCAGGACGUCUUUGUGCUCAGGUCCCCAGGCCUGAAGGAGCCGGUGUUCUAUGCGCUCUUCACCCCGCAGCUGAACAACGUGGGGCUGUCGGCGGUGUGCACCUACAACCUGUCCACGGCGGAGGAGGUCUUCUCCCGCGGGAAGUACAUGCAGAGUGCCACGGUGGAACAGUCCCAUACCAAGUGGGUUCGCUACAAUGGCCCGGUACCCAAGCCGCGGCCUGGAGCGUGCAUCGACAGUGAAGCCCGGGCAGCCAACUACACCAGCUCUUUGAAUUUACCAGACAAAACACUGCAGUUUGUCAAAGACCACCCUUUGAUGGAUGACUCGGUGACCCCAAUGGACAACAGACCCAGGUUAAUCAAAAAAGAUGUGAACUACACCCAGAUUGUGGUGGACAGGACCCAUGCCCUAGAUGGCACCGCCUAUGACGUCAUGUUUGUUGGUACAGACCGGGGGGCCCUGCACAAGGCUGUCAGCCUUGAGAGCGAGGUGCACGUCAUCGAGGAGACCCAGCUUUUCCAGGACUUUCAGCCGGUCCAGACCUUGCUGCUGUCUUCAAAGAAGGGCAGGAGGUUCGUCUAUGCAGGCUCCAACUCGGGUGUGGUCCAGGCCCCCCUGGCCUUCUGCAGGAAGCACAGCACAUGCCAGGACUGUGUGCUGGCGCGGGACCCCUACUGCGCCUGGAGCCCGACCGCGUCGGCCUGCAUCGUGCUGCACCAGGCUGAGGGCCCCAGCAGGGGCUGGAUUCAGGACAUGGGUGGUGAAGCAUCCGCAUGCCCUGAUAAAGUUAAAGAAAGUUACGGGCCGCAUUUUUUCAAGCAUGGAGGCACAGCAGAACUCAAAUGCUCCCAGAAGUCCAACCUGGCCCGGGUGGUGUGGAAGUUCCAGAACAGCGUGUUGAAGGCCGAGAGCCCCAAGUACGGUCUCAUGGGCAGGAAAAACUUGCUCAUCUUCAACUUGUCGGAAGGGGACAGCGGGGUGUACCAGUGCCUGUCAGAGGAGAGGGUCAGGAACAAGACAGUCUCCCAAGUGGUUGCCAAGCACGUGCUGGAGGUGAAGGUGGGGCCACAGACCCCGGCCGCACCUGCCUCGCCGGCCACGCAGACAGAAGGUCAUGGGCGCGCCCCCAAGGUGUCAGCGGCCUCUACCCAAGGGUCUUCUGCCCCAACCCCAGCUGUGCGAGCCACCUCCCCCGGGGCUGUCACCCCACCUGCCAAGCUUGUGCCCACCAACUUGUCCUGUGAACCAAAGAUCGUCAUCAACACAGACCCCCAGCUCCAUGCGGAAAAAACAAUGUAUCUCAAGUCCAGUGACAACCGCCUCCUCAUGUCCCUCUUCCUGUUCUUCUUUCUUCUCUUCCUUGGCCUCUUUUUCUACAACUGCUACAAGGGCUUCCUGCCUGGACAGUGCUUAAAAUUCCGCUCAGCCCUGCUGCUCGGGAAGAAGCCCAAGUCGGACUUCUCUGACCGUGAACAGAGCCUGAAAGAGACGUUGGUGGAGCCGGCGAGCUUCUCCCAGCAGAAUGGGGAGCAGCCCAGGCCGGCCCUGGACACCGGCUACGAGACAGAGCAGGACACCAUUGCCAGCAAAGUCCCCACGGACAGGGAGGACUCACAGAGGAUCGACGACCUGUCCGCCCGGGACAAGCCAUUUGACGUCAAGUGCGAGCUGAAGUUCGCAGACUCGGAUGCAGACGGGGACUGAGGCCGGCUGCGUGUCCUGCCCGCGCUGGCUGUGACGGUGUCCACGCGUGGAGGGCUUCGUGUUUCACCUGUGCAGUAGCCGCGUGUCGUCCAGCACCCGUAGGGUAGCCCGCAUUGUAGCGAACCUUCGUCCUCUGUUUUCUAUUGGGUUGAGCCUGUGUCUUGGUGUCUCUUUGUCCAUUUGGAAAACGACAAGCAUCGGAUCCCAGUCUCGUGUCCUCCCGCAGUUGGUCGGAGCGCUUUAAGAAGUCCCUGCAGGCGGUGCCGAUAUAUCUGAGCCCUGGUGGUGGGGACAGGCAGCUUGACCUCGUCGGCUGAGAAGAGUGUACCUCCAGCCUCCCUCCCCAUAGCAGCCACUGAGAGAUAAUUUACUUCCAGAUUGGAAAUGACGUUUUAGUUUAUCAGAUUGGUAACUUAUCGCCUGUUGUCCAGAUUGGCACGAACCUUUUCUUCCACUUAAUUAUUUUUUAGGAUUUUGCUUUGAUGUCUUAGGUCAUUUUUUAAAAAUUAUUACUGAAGCAGAUGUUUUAAUAUUUAGAAGAAGAUGUAUAUCUUCAAGAUUUUGAUAUAUAUUUGGAUUAAAAUGGCUUAUGUUGCUUAAGAUUCUCAGGGAUAAACUUACUUUUGCUAAAUGCUUUCUGCUUUUAGAAAUGCAGACAUAAACCAUCUUGUGAGCACACUAGCCCUUUUUUUUGGUUUUAACUUUAUUCCUUAAGGGAAGCAUUACUUUCAGAGAGAUUUUCCUUCUGUACUUUUUUCCUUUUUUCCUUUUUUUUUUUUUAAACUCUCUUGAAGAGGAGGACUGUCUCCAUCUGCGUGGAGGGUUUAGAGUGAGGGAGGUGGCCCUGGGGGAGGCUGGGCUGGCCCAGUGCUGAGAGGAGGCACCGUUUCCAACCCAAAGCCCACGGUCUCUGGUUGAAACCUCCUGCUGGACAGACGGCGUCGCACAAGGAUAUCUUUGGUUCUCUGAACAUCUCCUUUCUCUUUUUGCUUCGGCCUCAGACCCAUUGCCUGCCAGACGUUCUGCACAGCCUGAUGGAGCUCGCCACCCCUGGAAGAGGACUGGGCAGUGGUGCACGGGCCACGGGUUGUGACCACAGCACAUGUGCGCACACAGCCUCUGCCCUCACCUGCCAGUGUGUACAGAUGUCAGUGGGUGGUACGACUUUAACGUUCGCUUAUUUUACAUUCCAUCUGCCCCACUUUGUAAAUACCCGUUAAGAGGAGACUUUUUCCAUGGCAAAGAGCAAUAAACUGUGGAUUUUUGUGUGCCUGUGUAAAUACUCUCAUCUCCCAGCAUGAUAUGAUUUGAUCAUUUGGGUGUAAACAUUUGUUUAUAAGAUUUACUUUGUUUUUAUUUUUCUACUUUGAAUUGUAUGCAUUUGGAAAGUACCCGAAUAAAUGAGAAGCCUCAGCGGAG